UUAAUAAAUAAUUUAAAAUAACAUUGAGUGAGUUUGAAGCCUGGUGGUCUUAAACAGGCUGCUCCUUUACAAAAUAAAGGCUCUCCCCCUUUCGUUUCAAUUCCAUUCUCAAAUAGGAAAUUUCAGGUUAGUUGAUGUUUGAGUAUCUUUAUCGCCAUUGUAUAUGGGCCACUCUAGUUUCUUGAAUUUGUUGUUUGCUGUCGGUGUGUGGUGUGCUGCAUAUAUUACUGUCGCGGUUGUGGCGUCUUUGCGCAUCUUCAAUUCAAUCUGUUCAUUCUGAGUCAGUAAAGCAAUUUGACCGGUGUGGAACGCUGUAAUGGGAUAUGCACAACUGGUUAUUGGUCCUGCAGGCAGUGGAAAGUCAACCUACUGCUCUAGUCUGUACCAGCAUUGUGAAACCCUUGGACGGUCAAUACAUAUUGUGAACCUUGAUCCUGCUGCUGAAAAUUUUAACUAUCCGGUAGUUAUGUAUAUAAGAGAGCUAAUUAGUUUGGAUGAUGUUAUGGAGGAGCUUGGAUUGGGUCCAAAUGGUGGUCUUAUUUACUGCAUGGAACAUCUUGAAGAAAAUCUGGAUGAAUGGCUGGCUGAAGAAUUGGACUAUUACUUGGAUGAUGACUAUCUGGUUUUUGAUUGCCCAGGUCAGAUAGAGCUCUUUUCACAUGUACCGAUGCUUCGUAACUUUGUGGAGCACUUGAAACGCAAGAACUUUAAUGUGUGUGGUGUAUAUUUGCUUGAUUCUCAGUUCAUCGCGGAUGUGACUAAGUUUGUAAGUGGAUGCAUGGCAUCACUUUCUGCAAUGGUCCAGCUUGAAUUACCACAUGUUAAUAUCCUCUCAAAAAUGGACCUAGUAACAAGCAAGAGGGAUGUCGAAAACUACUUGGAUCCAGAGCCUCGAUUUCUGCUUUCAGAACUGAAUGAAUGGAUUGCUCCUUGGUUUAAAAAGCUAAAUAAAUCUUUGAUUGAACAGGUGGAUGAAUAUAGCAUGGUUAGCUUCAUUCCAAUCAACUUGAGGAGGAAAAGUAGCAUACAGUAUGCAUUGGCUCAAAUAGAUAACUGCAUUCAGUAUGGCGAAGAUGCUGAUAUGAGGGAUUUUGACGCAGACAAUGAUGAUGACGCAUAAAGCCUGCUAAUGCUUGCUUACUUACUACGUUAUCGGUGUGUUCGGGAUUUCACUCUGUAUAUGAGGGAAAAUAGAAUACCUUUUUGAGGUGAGAACUGAGAACCUGGUUUGAGUUGGGGGUCAAAUCUUGAGUUCAAAGAUUUAUUUUGUAUUGCAAAUUUGGGAUGAUGGAAACCAUUGAAAGGGAUUUCACCAAAAGGCAAAAUUUGUGAUUAGAUUCCUUGUUUUGGGUGUUUAAUCCCUUUUCAUCUUGAAUGCUUAGUUGACUUGAUGGAAUUCAACACCUGCAAUUGUGUGUGUUUUGAGUUUUA